AUGUUCCCGAGGCAUAUGUCCAACGACCCCGAGGACUUCAACACGCACUACCCUGAGCCUCCCCAAGGCGUUGCAACAUUCGGACCCAUUGAUAUGAGCCUAUACCCGCCAGCAAUGGGGUUUGACUCCAAUGGCCUCUAUGUCGAACAGCAGCCAACAUUCAUGUUCGACAGCAGAAUGUCGCCUGGCAUGUACCCCGAGGAUGGCGAGAUGCGAGUACCGUCCUCCAACCUCUCCAAUGCCUCCAUCCCCUCGGCACCAUCGUCAGCAGUCGGCUCGCCGCGAUCGAAUCACGGCCAGCCAGCACCCGUCCCUGGAUGGCCUGGUCCGCACAUGGGCAUGAGCCCUGGCAUUGUAGGCCAGACUGAGUACUUCGCGAACGGAACCGAGUACUCUUUCGCAGGACCAGGUAUGGAUGACUUCCCGCCUUUCGCCUUCACAGACACCAAGCCUCCUGGCUUUGUUGAUCCUUCUCUGAUCCAUCCCGAGAUCAACCGAUCCAUGGGGAUCCAGUAUGACAACACCUUCCAACCUCCAAACUCGGCCUACCCCACUUCGCCUGCGCUCACCUCUUCCCCGCAAAUCCGCACCGGGUCUACGAGCCCUUUCAUGCCACCUAAUAGUAAUUACCACUUCAGCCCUUAUCCGGCUCCCAUGGACCAGGGUCGCCGUCCGAGCAUGGUCUCAUUCCACUCCAGCUAUUCAGCAGAGCAACCAUACAGCGGCGACGAGUCCAAGGAGAAGCAGAGAUGUCCGCACCCGGACUGCGGCAAGACCUUCAAGGACCUGAAGGCGCACAUGCUCACACACCAAACGGAGCGCCCCGAGAAGUGCCCAAUCCAGACAUGCGACUACCACAUCAAGGGUUUCGCGCGCAAAUAUGACAAGAACCGUCAUACGCUCACCCACUACAAGGGUACCAUGGUCUGCGGCUUCUGCCCUGGCUCCGGUUCAGCGGCUGAGAAGUCGUUUAAUCGCGCAGAUGUCUUCAAGCGCCACUUGACUGCCGUUCACGGCGUCGAGCAGACACCGCCCAACAGCCGAAAGAAGACGUCGCCCUCUGGUGCCAACAGCGGCAAGAAGCUGACAGGCUACGCACCGGAUGCCACUGGCAAGUGCUCCACCUGCUCGCAGACCUUCUCCAAUGCGCAGGACUUCUACGAGCAUUUGGACGACUGUGUUCUGCGCAUUGUUCAGCAAGAGGAUCCCGCCGAGGCCAUCAACGCCAAGAGGCUCGCAGAGGUGGAGAACGACCGGGAGGUACACCAGACCUUGGAGAAGGCCAACCUGCCCACAACCACCCAGACCUCCUCGGCAUCAGAGGAUGACGAGGAUGAUGAUAUGGGUGAGGAUGAGGACGCCAUGGGUGAGGAGGACUUCAAGGCCCUCGGCAUCAAGACCUCUUCCCCCACCAAGAAGAUCAAGGGCAAUCCGGUCAAUGGCGUGCAGAAGUCGCGAGGCAUGACGCACUCGCGCGGCGGUGUCCCACUCCCGGUCAAGACCCGGGGUCGCAAGAACCGCAAGGACUAUCCCUCGUCAUGGGGCUUUGACAAGGGCCAGAUGACGAUGAAGAAGCGCGUCAUGGCUGUCUUCGACGGACCCCGUCGUCUGGCCAAGGAUGACAUGAUGCUCUCCACCGAGCACGAAGUGCGCGUCAAGCUCUCCGACGGCAAGGCCUACGUCACGGACCUGGACGUCCAGACUCUGAAGCGCGCCGAGGGCUUCCUUGGCGCAACUGAUGAGGAGAAGGGUCCGUGGGUCUCGGACGACCCGACUGACGAGGAGCUGAAGCAGAUGCUUGAUUUCAAGCCUCUUCAGCAGUAA